AUGGCAGAAGAUGUCAAGAACGCAAUGGGCCGCAUGUCCCGGGUGCUGAGAGCGGCCAAAGAGCAGGCGCACGCACAGUUUGGCAAGGUGAAGGAGAAAGCCCACCGGUUGAGCAUUGGAUCACCUAGUGGCCGGCAGGCAAGUGAGCGAGCACAUGGGGCGGAUCCCAAGGUCGAGAAACUGAUGGCUCUUGGCUUCACUGCUGUCGCUGCCCGGCACGGGCUGCGUGCGAGCGGCGGUGACUUGGAGGCAGCGGUGAUUUGGCUUUUGGACCAAAGAAAUGCCGACGAAGUCUUGGCCGCAGAGGUCGCUGCGCAAGAAGCCCGCAGCCCGGGUGCCUUGGUUGUGGGUGGCCGUGCCCGAGUCAGCGGGCUGCGGACAGCUCCAAGCCUGAAUGGCUCCGCAGUCAUCCUUCGCAAGUGGGAUGAGGCCUCGCAGCGUUGGAUCGUCACUUUGGACGAUGGGUCUGUGAAGUCUAUCCGUGCGCAGAAUCUCGACCCGUUGUAUGCCGAAGGGCAGGCCGGAGCCCCAGAGCCGGCCCAAGAGCCGGCUCCGGUUCGGGUUCGCCAGGAUGAGGAAGAGUCUGCGUGCGCAGGGGUACCUGAGGGCCAGGAGAACCCUGCGGCUUGGGGGCGGCCCAGCUCGUCCGACUCUGUGGAUCGCGAGGAAUUGAAGACUGUGGCUCGCCAAAUGCUGGGCGCGCGUGGCGAGCCUUUCGCACCAGAGGUCCUGGAUGCCAUGAGCCUUCAAGAUCUUUUGGAGCUGAUCGACGGGCUGAGCCCACCCGAGCAGGAGAGACCCAGGGCCGACCUGGAAAGGCAGUCCAGGCCCGGCACAUCGGACACUAUCCCACUUCCCAGGAUGGUGCAGGGGUUCCAAGAUGGCCAAGCAAGGCCAGACCCGGCAGAGACACUCUCGAAGUUGGAGCUGGAAGAAGCCCGCCUCAAAUCCCUGGCGGAGGCCCAGUCCAAGCGCGCAGAAGAAUUGCAAGAACGGGAGGAGGCCCUACGGCUUGCUGAAGAACAGCUGGAGAAGAAAAGGGCCGAGGUGGAGGUUCAACGUGCUCAACCAGUGCGAAUUCCUUUCGUGGCCGGGCCGAGUGAGCCUGAGACUGAAGCUGCAUCUCCGAGCAUGUUAGAGGCUGAGCGUGCUGAGCUUCGACAGUUGCGGGAGGAAGUCGACAUCGCUGCCAAAGAGCUGGAAGAGAGACAGCAAGCAGCGAAGCGAGUCGCAGAGGAGCGAGAACUGCAACUUUUAGAGACUGAGUCAAUGCAGAUACGCUUGGCUUCCACGUUGAAAGAGGAGGAGGAGCGGCUGCAGAUGCAGCGGCGAAGCCUCGGCUUGCUGCAGCAGGCUUUGCUCAAAGGCGGCCAAAGCCGCACUGAGGGCUAUAUGGAGCGUUCUCUCGACGAUGGGGCGGACGCGCAGAAGCACGAGGACAAUGUUACAGUCACUGUGAUUACAGCAGUGCAGCACCGCAUCUUGAGGGAGAUGGUCAAGACGGCCGUUUUCGAGGUCAAGAAUCCAAGGGCUCAGGCCACUGCAGAGGUGGAAAGCAUGUUGCGCUCCACUGUUCCCAUGCUGACUCUCGAUGAGCUUCAUGAGGCAAAAGAGGCGUUGGUCACCGACAUUUUGAACUCAUUGCGGCGUGCGAUGGGACAAUACGGCUACGAAGUUCUUAGUGUCUUGAUCCGUGACGUGCAGCCAGAGGAGAAAGUGAAGCAAGCCAUGAAUGACAUCAAUGCGUCAAGGAGGCGGAGGGAAGUUGCCUUCGAGCAGGGAGAAGCAGAUAAGAUGCUCAAGAUCAAAGCAUCUGAAGCUGACGCCGAGGGUAAACGUCUUGCAGGCGUUGGCAUGGCUAACAUGCGUGCGGCAAUGGCACAAGGGUAUCAAGACUCGGUUGCGCUGAUGAAGGAAAGCGGCCUGUCCACGAAGCAAGCCAUGCAUAUGAUGAUUACCACGCAGUACUUGGAUACUUUGAAAGAGUUCUCCUCAAGUCAUGGCUCUAUUAUUGUUCCACACUGCCCCUCGGCAAUUCAAGAUCUGAAGUCGCAGGUGAGCCAGGGGAUGCUUGCUGCCGCCCCCCAACAACAGAUGGAGGAUGGUGAGGAACAUCAUUGCACCCCCUUCGAGAAGCCGGUGACACCAGCUGCAGGCGCUUACCGCAGCCGGGCUUUGGUGCCGCAGGGCCCAAAGCCGCAAAGGACUUCGGGGCCUGCGGGACAGAUCGCGGCCGCCGCCAGGGCCGUGGCCCGCCGGGCCGAGGAUUCCCGGGCAUUUUCCCGUGAGCACCUGGAGCUGCACCUGCGUAAUCGGGCGGCAGCACUCGUGUGUGGGCUCUUAGAGCCCAGCGAGCCCAGCGAGCCCAGCGAGGGGCCAAAGCCGGGGCCACCCGCUGGCCCUCGGCCCCGCAGCGUGAGCUCGCGGCCUACGGCAAAGACACGAGGCUCCACGCCCUCUGCGCGCUUUGUCAAUGAUCAGAAGGAAGCCUCGGCAUCGCGCCAUGUGCGGAUCCAGGAGCUCCAGAGAGGCCUCAUCGACCACGACGAGGCACGCCUUGCAUCUAUUUCCCGUGGCACUUCCCCGCUGACUGGCGCUAGAGGCCAGCCCAUGAUUCCAGUGCCACCGGUCGACGUGGACGCUUUGAGGCUGCCGCUGGACCUGCGCUUACGCCUUGCGGUGGGCAACAAGAUCAGCAAGGGAUUCCGAAGGCCAUGGCUGAUGGCCGUGCAUCAGGUGGCCGAGGAGGCCAGGGAUGAGCCGCUGCAGGAGGUGGUGCAAGAGGUUAUGGAGGACGAGCAGUGCUUUGAUGCGGCCCUCCCCAGAGAAGGACCUGUGGCACCCAGACCGUUCUACGAAGUCCCUCGAAGCUACAACACUCCCAAGGAGUUGUUGGCCAGAUCUGAGGAGCUUUGCAAGACAGAGGCGGCUGAGGAGCGAUGUGGUCUUCGCUCUUCGCCCGACAAGCCUCAAGAUGCAUCGUCGUUUUCUGCCGGCGAGAGAUUCUUGAGCAUUAGGUGGCAUACCUGUUCCGAGCUUUCCGGCUUGAACCGAAAGGCUAGGAGGGGGUGA